AUGCAGGGAGCCCUUCUGGAGAGCUUAGGACAAGGGUCGGCAGGCUGGGCCCAGUGUCCAGAGCUGGGCUGGCAUCGGGAUGAAGUGUGGAAUAACUCCUCUGUGCCUCGGGUGACUGUGUUGUCAGUGUGGGAGCGAGGGACCCGGAUGCAGACCAGUCAGAUGGAAGGCGCCGGGGCUCAAGAAUCAGGAGUGGGCGGGUGCGGGGCCUUCCCGCUGGCUGCUCUGCUCUGGCUCAGUCUCCUGCCCCAACAUGCCAACACCGCCUGGCCUGCGAGGGUCACCAGAAAUAUCACGAAGACCACUGUGAGGGUCACCAGAAACAUCACAGAGGCCCGUAAGACCACUGUACCCUUGUCAAAGGUGUGUGGCAAGACCAAUUUCAAAGGGAAGAUCUUUGGUGGUCAGAUGGCAAAGCCUGAGUGGUGGCCAUGGCAAGGUAGUCUGCACUUAUAUGGCAGGCACAUCUGUGGAGCCGUCCUCAUCGACAAAAAUUGGGUAGCCAGCGCUGCUCACUGUUUCCAAAGGUCCCACGACCCAUCUGACUACCAAAUCCUGCUAGGGUACAACCAACUGAACAAUCCCUCCAAGUACAGCGUGCAGGUGACAGUGUAUAAGCUCAUUGUCCACAAAGACUAUGGGAAGAUCCACCACCAGGGGAGUGACAUCGCCCUGAUGCAGUUACACACACCUGUGGAGUACAACACCCAUGUCCUUCCAGCCUGUGUCCCAGAGAGAAACACCAGGCUCCCCACUAACAAGCCGUGCUGGACAAGUGGCUGGGGGAUGAUCACUGAGGGCCAAUUUGCACCUUAUCCCCGCCAGUUGCGGGAAAUCGAGCUCGUCCUUAUGGACAAUGAGAUUUGCAAAUCAUUUUUCCCACCACCAUUCCCUGGUGCCACUAAUCAGUUCUACGUAUAUGAGGAUAUGGUAUGUGCUGCAGACUAUCAACUAACGAAAUCCAUCUGCAAAGGAGAUUCCGGGGGCCCCCUUAUCUCCUUAAUGAAUGGUGCCUGGUACGUGGUAGGGCUGAGAAGCUGGACCACAUCAUGUGAACUGCCAGUCACCACCCCCAGCGUCUUCACCAGGGUCUCCUACUUUGCCAACUAG